AUGCAUGAUAAUGCAAAGAGGUCCGAAGAUGGCAUCAAAGUUGGUGAUGAGGUGUUAACGAGAAAUGUGGCCACUUCGAACAAGCUGGAAAGCAGAUUUCGGAAUAAUCAAGUGGAAGUUGAUGAAAUGAUAAGAAAAUCUACAAAUUUGCUUCUAACGAGAACUUUCAAUGGCUGCUUGUCAUCUACUUUCCGAAGUCCACGUGUGAAUUUGACAGAAAUUGUUCAAAUUAUAGUUGAUACAGGAUUCUUAGAAGAAGCUCACGUAUUUCUUGAUCAGUUCAUAUCGAAUAUUACUGGAGAACAAUCCAGGGGAGUCAGUUCUAGUAUAGAUGGUCAAUCAGCUUUAUUCACAGUAUCGAGAGAGGAUGCAGUACGAAAAAUUUGUGAUAAACUCAAACAGAAAUUGGAUGAAUUCUUAGAACUAGAGGAUUACGAUUGGCUCUUGGUUGAACCAAAAGGUCAUGCAUCAAGUUAUAUUGCUGACAUAAUAGCAUUCCUGCAGACCACAUUCCAUAGUUUUACCAAUAUUCCGAGGCAAAAACUUAUGCAUCUUGACAUCCUGCGCAGGAGGAACAUCAGGGUCAAGAAGUCAGAACCCGUUCCAAACGUCUGA